UAUUGUUCGCAUUAGUUACAAACAAGCCCAUUUUAUCUGCUUGUCUAUACGUGUGAUUGACACCACAGCUAAUUUAUUUAAUAGAUUUUUGCUCGUCUUGUAAUGGCGGAACAAAUCACUAGAGAAGAUGCAUUAGCACGGGAAGGUUUCAGGCAUGCAUGUCACAUUAUGCUGUAUGGAGACUGUAGUGCUAAACUCUUCGGGAAAAUCCCAAUCAAACAUAUAGUACUGAUGCAGAUGCGCUUUGAUGGGUUGCUGGGUUUCCCAGGGGGAUUGGUGAACCCCUCUGAGGAGACUUUGGAGGUGGGGCUAAGUAGAGAGCUUAAUGAGGAGGUGGGUGUGGCUGUAACGGUGGGCAUGGAAGAUCACAUCUCCUCCUGCCUUUCCACAUCCUGCCCUCAGCUAUUCACACACUUCUACAUCAAGAAGAUGACCGAGUCAGAGCUCAGAGACAUAGAGAGAGCAGCUGUUGCUACUGCCAAAGAUCAUGGUUUAGAGGUGUUGGGUAUGGUCAGAGUACCACUCUACUUUCUGAGGAACGGAGGUGGUCUUCCUUAUUUCCUGUCUCACUCAUUCAUCAGUAAUUCUCGGGCCCAGCUGCUCUCUGCCCUACAGCACUGUGGACUGCUGUCCCAGGGGGAGCUGGAGAAGGCUGUGAGACAGGCUGAGCAGAUGAGACACACACAGCGCUGAUCCGCACUGACAUUAGUUUACACAGCGGUGCCUUUUCACCCCAGGGCCCUUACAGCUAUCACAGUAGCCCAGCCCCCAAUGCUAAGAGGAACACACCCAUGUCUUUACCUUAAACUCAGCUUAAUUUCUAAUUCAGCCUUGUACAGUGUGUUGCAAAGUAUCACACCUGGUUAAUAUGGCAUCAUAUGUUUAUCGUCAUUUCACUAAUAACCCCUUACUCCAUGUUCACUUAAAGGGAUAGUUCACCCAACUCAACCUCAUGUUGUUCCAAAGUCGCCAGGCUGUUUGUCUUCUGUGGAGCACAAAAGGGGAUGUUAGGCUUAAUGUUCAGUCACCAUUUGCUUUUAUUCUAUGUAAAAAAAAAUAAUAAUAAAAAAAAGAUGUAAUAAAAGUGAAUGGCAACUGAGGCUAUCAGUCCCUAACAUUCUGCCAAACAUCUUCUUUUGUACUUUACAGAAGAAAGUCAAGAGGAGUUACAGAAGAAAGUCAAGAGGAGUUCAAAACAGCACAAGGGUCAUGAAGGAAUUCUAAUUUUUAGGUGAACUAUUCCUUUAAUAGGAUCACUGCUGGUCUUUACAGUUUAAUUAUAUUUUCUCACAACAUAUUUGUCAUGUUCUACGGCACUUGGGCAUGAAUGCAGCAAAUAAAUAUGACUAAAACAUUGUCAUAAUCAUAAGCCUUAUUAAAAUAAUUUCAAAAUAAUUUAUAUAAAGGGAUAUAAGUUAAUGUGCAAAUGUAUAAUUUAUUUUUAUGUAUGUAUGUGGCAUACGCGAGAUGUCUUAUGCCAGUGGCACCAUUUAUGAAAAUUCAUUAUUUGCAAGAGAACAGUUUAUUUUCUUUUUAAGUCUUUUAAGUGCACGCAGGUUAUAAAAAUAAACAGCAGACAGCUUA